GAGAGUCCGAAGGUUUAUCAUCUUGCCGCCUGAUUUGGUCGAACAGUGUCUGUCGACAUAAGCAACUGAUGGCUCUUUCAGCGCCGGUGAAGGCACCGGAAGCACUUCUAGGUUCGUCGUCGAUUUCUGGCAGGGUUAGCUUCUUCUUUCGCCGGCAGUUUCCAUCCAACCUUAGUCUACUGCGUCUUCCUCCGGUUCGUCACACUCUAUCGAUUACAUUUGCUCGCCGUCGGAACCAGAAUUCAUCAGUCGGUCCGUCUUCAUCGUCUUCGAAAAAAAAGAAGAGAAAUUCGUUUCCGAAAAAAACUAGGGAUGAGGCGGAUGAAGAAGAGGAUGCUCUUGAGUUGUUGUUUAGUCAACUGGAAGAAGAUCUAAAAAAUGAUAAGCUUACCCUGGAUGAUGAUGAUGAUGAUGGCGAAGAGGAUGAACUUAGCGAAGAGGACCUUGCCAAACUAGAGCGCGAGUUAGGGUUAGCACUUGGCAUCGAUGUUGACGAAGAAGAAGAAGAAGAAGAAGAAGAAGAAGAAGAAGAAGAUCUCGUGGAUACCGAAGAAGAGGAAAUGCCUGUGAAACUUAAGAACUGGCAACUUCGACGACUAGCCAUGGCUUUGAAGAAAGGUCGCCGUAAAACUAGCAUCAAGAGUCUUGCUGCUGAGCUUUGUCUUGAUCGGGCUGUUGUUCUUGACUUGCUUCGCGAACCACCGCCACGUCUUCUGAUGUUGAGUGCUUCUCUACCAGAUCCGCCCACACCAUCAAAUCCAGAAACUAGAACAUUACAAGCUACUCGUGAAGAAGAAGAAGAAGAACCCGUAGAAGUAGAUACUGCAGAAGAGGCGGAAGAGGUGAAGGUGCCUGUUCAUGUCAUGCAACAGAGCUGGGCUGCUCAAAAGAGGCUGAAAAAGGUUCAGGUUGGAACUCUCGAGAGAGUGUAUAGAAGAACAAAGCGGCCCACCAACGCAAUGAUUAGUAGCAUUGUCCAAGUGACAAAUCUGCCUCGCAAAAGAAUAGUGAAAUGGUUUGAAGAUAAGCGAGGUGAAGACGGGGUUCCUGAUCAACGCCUGCCUUAUGAUCGAUCUGCUCCUCAAUCUGCCUGAUCUUCGUUCUUCAUCUACCAACUGCCUCCACGGUUAGCUUUCUUUAGUACUUUAGAAGUCACUGCAAAUGUGCAUUAUCAUUUGUGUUCUUUGAAUUACUGAAUGAGAUCAAGAAAAUUAGAAUGAAUGUGCUAUCCAUUCCCACAUAGAUUUCACUUUUUCUUGGCAGUGUGGGGAAGGUUGCCUUUGGUUUGCAUGCUUAGCAUGGAUCUGAAACAAGAGUAGUUCAAUUUCUAAACAUGGUAGUCGCAUCGAAUAACGUUACUAUUAGAUAUUCGAGUGAUAUACUAAGAAAUAUAUUUGUUAAACCGUAUAUCUAGUGGUUAUACGGUACUCCUACAAUCUUUGUAACUUUAGUUGUAGAUUAAGGAUCAUGUUGAGACCUCCAACUCCACCUCGGUUAUUUUGAUUAGUUGAUGAAACCCAUUAUUAAUGACGAAGGUUCUGAAGCUUAGUAA